AUGUUUUUCAGAAUGACUGACAGAAAGAAGUAUAAGCCAAAAGUUGUGGAUACCAGUGAAAAAAUGAAGAGGAAAAAGAGUUGUAAUGAUCCUCCCUCUAGUCCCUCCUUGAAGAAGAAAUGUAAUCAUCCUCCUUCCAUUGAUCUGUCCUCCAAUGAUCCCACCUCCACUAAUCCAAUUGAUCCCACCUCAACCAAUCUAGUUGAUCCCUCCUUCAAUACAUCAAAUUUAUCCAACUCUACACUCAAUCCAUCAAGUUCAUCCAACCCCAUUUGA